ACGGGUGGCAUCCCCUCGCCCUGAUAUUAUAAUAAGAGCGCAGUGUCAAUGUCAUCCUUUUUUUAGUGUACCUUUCACUCUCUCCCAUUUAUUAUUACCUUUGUCCUUUCUCUUUCAUUCAUUCUCCCACACUAACUGCUCCUUGCCUUCUCCCCCCCUCCUUCCCUAUCCUUUUGCCACUGAAUUUGCAGGCCUCUCAUUCCAAUUAGGGUUUCCCUUUCUCCCAUAAUAGUUACUCAUAAGCUUUUACUUUCAUUACCUAAAGCUUCUUUCUUCCUUCAACAACCAAGAAACAGGAAAGAGCUUACACACGGAAAAAGGUACUGCCCUUUUUCCUCUGAACAAACAACCCCUUGAUCUCCAACAGGCUCUCUGAUUUAGGGUUUUGCCAGAUAUGGAGUCUUUUAUGGGUAGAAUACGAAUACCAGUGACAUUUUACAGCAGUUUUGGAAAUAUAUAUAAUCAAGGCUGAGAUUGCACCAGUUAGAUCCCAUGCUAAACGAACCUCAGAGGGAUCGAUAUUAGAAGCUGGUGCAACUGAAUUCCACAAAUCAAGGACUCUGGAAAUGUUGCGUGUGUGUGUCUGGAGAGAGAGAGAGAGAGAGAGAGAGAGGUCGGCGUGCGGGUGUUAACAGAAGGGGAAAAAAACGAAAAGCAAGACAAAAUCAGUGUCUUAACUCCAGAAAUCAUGCAUAAGCAUAGAGGAUGGCUUCAUCCAGUUCUUCCAACUCUCCCUGUGCUGCCUGCAAGUUCUUGAGGAGGAAGUGCAUGCCGGGUUGCAUCUUUGCACCCUAUUUUCCACCCGAAGAGCCACAGAAAUUCGCCAAUGUUCACAAGAUCUUCGGUGCAAGCAACGUCACAAAACUCCUUAACGAGCUCCUCCCUCAUCAGAGGGAAGAUGCAGUGAACUCCCUUGCCUACGAAGCCGAGGCACGAAUGAAGGAUCCCGUGUACGGCUGCGUUGGGGCCAUUUCAGUCCUCCAAAGACAGGUUCACCGACUCCAGAAGGAACUAGACGCCGCUAAUGCUGAUCUGAUCCGGUAUGCUUGCAAUGAAAUGGCUACAGCGUUGCCCGCAACGCCGGCGACUGGGAUAGUUCCAUCACCGAUGGCUCCUCGUCAAAGGUCUGCUGAGUUCGGUAGAAGGAUGGGUGAUGGGGUAGGUUCUUUCUAUCAGAUUCCUGGUUUUCCUCUUCCAUAUCCCGCUCCAUGGCCUGACGGCCCUUCAGGAGAUACUCACGAUAGGGUAGGAGGAGAAGGCACUAUGUGAAUUCAAGUGGGCAUUUUUGAAAGAUAAGACCCUUUCUAGGGUUCUCCUCAAUAUACAGGGCUUAUGUGCUUAACAUUUUCAUUUCAUGGUAUGAGUUGCUAUGGUUUUAGCUUGAGAAUUGGGAACUAUCGCUCUCCUAUCCAAAAACUUUUGGUGAAUUUAAUUAGUGUUUUUUUUCAGUGUGAAGUUCCAGUUCUUCAAUUAAGAUCAGUCUAUAUCAGUGUUUUAACAUGUAAUUGGAUUUUAGAUGAAACUCUAGAACACAUGGCCUGUGAUUGAUUUUAUAUUGUUUUGCGAUUUUUCUGUGCUCACUGCAUUAAUUCUGCAGCAUCUCUGAGUCCAUAUAUUCUCUUUGUUGUUUAUAUUCAUAAAUAUAUUAAUAUUAUUAUUACUUUAUGUUAAAGAGGAUUCUCUAGCUCAGUCUAAAAUCUUCAUGUCUAUUUUUUUUCCAGAUUAAAUAUUCUCACUUCCAUUUUAAAAAGACCAUUACCCUCAUUUUUCAGUAAGAACAGUUUAGUUAGUGAACAUAUUUUGGUCCUUUCCAAUAUUUAUAGGACUAUAGGUAGCACCUGAUAAAUCUAUUUACUAAAUUAGGGUUAUGAAUUCUCUAUCUCUUUUCUGUUAAGCAUCAUGAUAAUCUAAGAGAGCAUUAUCAUUGAAUAAACUCAAUAAUCCACGUUUCCUUCAUUAUCUCAGCCUAAAGAAAUUAAAUGAAAAAGGGAUUAGUUUGAGUUACUCUGAACUUUCUAAAAUUUUGUUUCAACAUUUAUGCAUUCUUUUGUGUUCCCACAAUUAAUUUUUCCACAUACUCACAGACAAUUGGUAGUGUAACUUCUUCUUCUUCUUCUUCUUCUUUUUCUUCUUCCCUUCUGUUCUGUAUUGACUAUAUUGAUUGUGAAUAUCAGCUUCAAUUUCUUUUAUCUUGUAAUUAUUUGAAAACAUAUAAAGCACGGUACUACACAACUUAA